GUGCAAACUUUAGAACAUAGUUAUUCUUGGGAGACACCUUUUUUUUUUGUUUGACAAACACAGUUUCAUUAACUGAGAAACAAUUACAGAGUAGUGGACUGUGUCCAAAGAAAGACAUUCAAAUCAAAUAAGGCAAAAGGAGAGGCCCAAAACAUGUAAGCCCACCACAAACCAGAAAAUACACAAGAAAGCUCACAAUGGAGGCCCACAUGGAGGAAAGCCAAUCCUAACCCUAUCUGGAAUGCAACCCCACAAAGAGAUCGCCGCCGCUGCGGAGAAAAACAAACUGCCAAGACCAAAAGAAGCUACCGACCAGGAAAACAGGGAACUGCAAACCCAGCAGACGACGAGCCGUGGAUGAUGACAAAGCAACACCCUCAACAAAGAGAUGACCACUGAAGGACUUGGCAGAACCUAGAAACAAAGCAUGCAACGAUCUCUGAGUGAGGAGUGCCCAUCUUCGAUUCCAAGAACCGCAUCCGAGCCGAUUCACAAAGGAAGACUACUGCAUCUCCGGAUCAUCGCGAUCUGUUGGAUGAAACAAGGAGGUAGAUGAAAGAUUCAAGGAAAGAGGAUGAGUUGGAGAAAAAUCAACAACCCCCUCUCCAACUGGACCAAAAGCUCCAAGCUUUCAAGAUCUGAAACUCCGAACAGAACUUGAACGAGGAAAGAUCCAUCCCAAGAGACAGAACAAGGAAAAGACCCACAAGGGGGAUAAGGAAAACCCACACAGGGGAAUGGAAACAGAAAAAGAAAACGCAUAAACUGGAAAAAGUGCAUACAAAGGAAGGACGAAGGGAGGGCCGCCACCGGAAGCUGCCGGCCGCAGCCCUCAAGGAAGAGCUGAAAAGGGACUUUUAGAGAGAGGAGAGAGCGUUUUGAAUUUUAGAGAGAGUACUGAUUUUGCUUCUCAUUUACUCUAUCCGCUAUUGGGAGACACCUAAUGCUAUAUACAAAUUGGUGGAUUAGAUACAAAAUUGUCAUCUCUACUUGAGAUACAUAUUAUAGUCGGGUAGUGUUAUUCAAGGUUGUCAACCCAGUAUUCGGCUGACCGGUUCAACCGGGUGUGAUUGGUACCGAUCAUCUAAACGGUUGGAAUACACUUUGAAUGGACGGUUAUGUAAAAAUCAAAAUUGGGUUAAAUUAGUCAAAACCAGGUUGAACCAGUUAAAAAUCGAAUGGUCUGACUAAUCAAAACUGGAUUUGAAGAUGAGCAUUGAUAAUUUUGUAAUAUAUAUUUCGUUUGAAAAAAUAAUUUAAUAAUAUAUGAAUGUAAAUUAGCGAGAUUUUUUUAAAAUAUAUUAAAUAUAUGCAUACUCUUUUUAGUAUUAAAGAUUUUGAAUCUGAUCCGAUCAUUAAACCGGUUUGACCAGCUUGGUGUUAUUACUUAUUAACCUUAGUCCCAGCCGGAGAAUCUCCUACACCACCGUGUCGCCAUCAUUCGCCGCCGUGCUUUCCUCUGUCGAUUCUCAAUAUUGCCUUCAUCGCAACAUUUUAGCUUUGUGCAGGAAAGCAACGUCACUCGAACGAUUCAAUUUCCUUUUCUCCUCUCCAAUCCAACUGCAUCCCGCUGCUGCAGCUCCGUCUGGAUUCCCCUAUCCAAAUACAAACUUCCUUCUUUUUCCUCUGCAAUUUCUGCCUGCAAAUCACACGGCGUAGCCGGUUCCAGGCCAUGUCGAGGCGGAGCCACAUCAGGGAACUGGGAUGUAUAGCUUGCAAGGAGCUCGACGAACUAGGGGCCGGAAAGGAAGGAUGGCUGGUGGACAAUCCCAACCUUCUCUGCGCACUUGACACGCAAUCAAUUGCCCUCGCCAACAAGUUUCUCGUCGUGAUUACAGGAUGGGAUGGCGGCCCCGGUUUCAAGAUCCGCCCGGAGUUGUCCCCGAUCGAGUCGGAGCACAUCACUGCAAUGGAGUGGCUGGUUUUUGAUGAGGUUCGAGCCAUUGCAGUGGGAACCUCUUGUGGGUACUUCCUGGUUUAUACUUUGGAUGGCCAGUUGGUUCAUAGACAGUUGGUCUAUUCAGGGCGAAUUUUGAAAUUGAGGGUCCGUGGAACUAAGAAAGAUAUGAUGAGUGAUACUUCCCUAGCGGAGGAGGUUUCCAUUGUUAUGCCAGGCGUUAUUGCUCGCUUCGAUGGCACUGUCAUUCAGGAAUUGCUUAGAGAUUGGUUUCAAGAUGUGAAUUCCCGGUUUUGGGACGACAUUUCGAAAAAGAGAGACCAAGAGGACCAAGGGAACUCUCACAAAGCUUUACCUUAUCAGUUAUGGAGCGUUAAUAAGCAUGGAUUGUGUAUUGAUGCCGCGAUUAGUGGAGUAAUGCCACCACCACUUCUUGAAGUUCAGUCCAGUCAGCGUUACUUUUGUGCAGUCACUGUUGGAGAGGAUGCGGUAAUUGCUGCUUACAGAUUAUCGGAGGACAGGAGCAGGUCUUUAGUUGGUGCUAUUCUGUCAAAAGUUGUUCCUGCAGCGUAUUCAACAAUAACUUCUUUUUCUAAAAUGAUAUGGCGGAGUGAACAACCAUCACCCAAAAAGUCAGAAGCCAAAACUCAGUCAUUUGCCAAAGCAUCUGUUCUUACUUGCUUGAAAGAUAAGCCAAGGAAAGGGGAGAAAUUAACCUUGUCACCCAGCGGCACUUUGGCUGCAAUUACAGACUCUCUUGGCCGUAUAUUGCUGUUAGACACUCAAGCCUUAGUAGUGGUCAGACUAUGGAAGGGAUAUCGCGAUGCAAGCUGUUUGUUCAUGGAAAUGCUGAUUAAUAAGGAUAAACCAGGAAGCCAUUCUUCAUCUUAUUAUGAACCUGUGAAGAGUGAUUACUGCCUCUGCCUUGCUAUUCAUGCACCACGGAAAGGAAUCGUGGAGGUGUGGCAAAUGAGAACCGGAGGACGUAUUCUGGCCGUUCAGUGCGGGAAAGGUAGUAAAAUAUUGCAGCCGACGUACAGGUUUGGAUCGGUAAUGGACGGCUCUCCUUACGUUCCUCUUGAAGUGUUCUUGUUAGAUGGAGACUCUGGCCAAAUCUCAGUGUUGAAUCGCUCACUUCACUAGCUAUUGUUGUCUUGAGUUACUCUGUUUUUUUUUUUUUCCUACCGUUUUGUUGUGUUCAUUAGCUGGCGUUUCGAUCUAUUGAGAUUCGUUCAUUGUUCGUUUCCCAGUGUCGAUGUGAUUGGUAAUAUGCAAGCAAUUAAACGAGGAACAACACAUACUUAAUGAGUGUAUACACAAGCUAACAAGUUGUAUUAUCUGCAAGUCUCACAGAGACUGACUCCCGACACACCAUGCUAUUUUAGUCCAGUACCAAGAACCCAGAUCGUUUCAAAUCGAUUAAACGCGUACGAAAACUUGCUACAUGACCACGACUUGCCUGGUGACGAUGUUCCUCAUCCAAACCAUUGGUCAGAGGAGGAUCUGUAUGUGAAUCGCGAGAAGGAUCCACCUCCUGAGCUUACAAAUAUCGCGCCCUCUGCUCGAGUAAUCGUGCAGCUCCCUGAGUUCCCAGAAUAGGCCAUGGUCUCGAUCUCCCGCAUGACUCUGUGAAUCAGUCCACGGUGCCAUUGUUCCUGACCACGGAGCCUCGAGUGUUGAACGCAAACUAGGGUUUCCAAGAGAGGUUCUGGCCUGGUUUUUUCUUGGUCUGUAGCUGGUCCAUUGUUUGGCCAGAGUAGAUACCCGCCAUUGUUGCUUUGUGUUGGGCAUUGGACGAUGCAACUUUAAUUCAUUUCUCUAAUAUCCCACAAGAACAAACAGAUUCGAUAUGGCCAGGAGAAAUUUGGGAACCCUUCUGGUCUUGGUAAGCUAAAUGCAGAGCCUCCAAAAUUGGGCAUCCAGUCCAGACUCCAGAGUCCACAUUGAUCACAGAAGAAAUAGCUACGUACAGCUAAGGUAAGAUAAACGACAUAGACGAAGUAUAAACUAUGAUGAAGCAAACUAAUAUAUAUGGACAAUAAUCUUCAUCUUUCUUGGUUAAGCUACUAAACAGUUGUGUAGUCAUCACCAAAAUCCAAAGUUGUCAGAGUUUCGGAACGGAUGCAGAUAAACCUCCAGUUGAAACUGAUGGAUUCUACUAGGUGUGGGUUUGACACUUUGACUAAAAUUUCGCUUGCGUUUCACCCGACUUGCAGCAAUGAUAAAACGACGUCGUUUUGUAUCUUGGGUUUCUAAGCCGAUUAGCAUUGGAUGAAAAUUGGCAUGCAUAACUUAGCGUAAUUUAUGAACACUUUGUGAAAGUUAUCAGAUAUUAUCACUUUAUGACGGUAGUUGUGGGGAGUAUUUCAAUAAUACUUUUUUUGUAUUUGGGUUUCUAAGCCGAUUAGCAUUGGAUGAAAAUUGGUUUGCCCAACUAAGCAUAAUUCAUGAAUACUUUGUGAAAGUUAUCAUAUAUUAUCACUUUUAUGACAUGCAGUUGUGGGGAGUAUUUCAAUAAUAAAGGAACGUGCUUGUUCAAAGGAUAUUAUUCACGAUUAUAUCUGUAUAGCCAUGGGUACUCAUGUUGCGUAUCCCACGAAUAGCCACUCGGUUGAGUUAAUUGGUUUCGGUCUUUCAAAACCUAAUGGUUCUUUUAUUGAGUUUUGGUUGGUAAGCCCACAUGCCAACCGGUCUAGUGAUCCCUAUGCUCAUACACUAUAUACACUUGAUGCUUCUGAUUGAUCGAAGUUUAUCGGUGUGCAUAAAACUUCCAAAUCACAUAAACUAUACUAAUCCAGAUUACGUUUAGUCUUGACUAUAUAUAUAAUUAAUUACAACCUAAAACUAUAUGGGUUAACCAUUAAUAUCAUCAGUGGUGGAGGGAGGUGAGGAGGAGAUGGGUCCUAGGACCCCACCUGGCAAAAAAUUGGACCACAAAAC